AUGGAUUAGUUUAUUAGAGUAAAAAAAGCUCUUUAUCUUUGCAUUCUUGUAUCUUUUAUACUACUACUGCAGCCAAUAGUUAGUCAGACUCAUAGUGAGAAGGUUUAGAGAUAUUUGGAUUUCUACAAAACACAGUUCAAUAAAUUUUCAGAUGCCCUCGAACCUUAGUAUGAUAUUAAUAAUGGUUUCUACAUUGCCGCUAAGAGAGACUUUAAAGCCAAUGAGACAGUGCUGAAUAUUCCACUUAAAUUCAUUGUUUCAAACUUUGAUAAUUUCAAGUUCAAAAAGGAAAUGAUGGACUUAUGCUUGUUCAAUUAGGAGAUAAAGAAGCAAAGUAGAGAAACCUUACAUCUAUACUUAUUGGUACUAAGAUUCAUGGUCGAGUUCAAGAGCAAUUAUGAUUAGCCAUUUGGGAUAGAUACCUUUGAGGACGUGGAGUUUAUGCAGACUUGGUUGAAUUACAUGAAGGAUCACAUUAACUAUGAGGAUGUCUAACUUUGGAGUUAGGAACUCAGAUUUUUCCACAAUAAUAUAUCCACUAGCUAACCCUAAAAAGAGGCAAAUAGGAAAAGUGUUUAUGAAGAGUUUAUGAGACUGCUCAGCAAACAUAAGGAUCAAGAGUUCAAAAAGGUUAUGGAGUCUGCACUCUUAGAUAUAAGAGAAUUUUACAAGUGGGUGAGUGCAGUAACUCAAUCUCAUUAGAAGCAACAAAGAAAAACAUGGCUAACCAUGAAUGGAAUAUCCAGCAGCGACAAGUAUGAGGGAAUUGAUCUCAAUAACAAACUAGGUCCUGAAUCAAUUUACAUUGUUCCAAUGAUUGACAUGUUUAGCUUUUACAUUCCAUAAACUCCAAAAGACGAAGUCAAAAGUCUACUUAAUCCAUAGCCAGGCUUGCAACUUGAUAUGUCAGUUAAUAAAGGAUUCAAAAAGGGGUAAUCAGUAAAUAUAACUAACAAAGCAAGCCUUGAUUCCUACAACUUACUAUACAACUAUGGCAUCGUGAUUGACAAUAAUCCUUAUGCAAAUAUAAUGCUUGUUCACACAAACCACUAUAGCAAGUUUGACGUAUUUUACGGUAAGAUUUGUGAGGCACUGUAGUGUGUAAGUGAAACUGAAGAAAAAUUGACUGAAUCUAAGUAACUUAACAACUCUUAGAAAGAAUUCCUGACCUAUAAGCUUAGUAAAGGCCCCAUUAGCAAGAACUUGAUGAAUAUGCUAAGAGUUCACGAUUUGAAUCUAAGAAAAGUCAUGAAUACCAAGGAGGAGCCCUUCUUUGAGGCCAAUAAAAUCAAUCUGCAAUUGAAUGUUGAUGGGAUAUUCUAAUUUAACAAUGAAAUUUAUGCAAUUAAUGAGUACAUCACAGCAGUAAACUCAAUUUAGUACGAAGGCUACUCAGUCACUGACAUGAAUGAAAUGAUCCUAGAAAUCACGAGUACGCCAGAAUUCAGCCCAGAAAACAGAGAUUUAUUAAACAAGAUAAAAGCUUUGUAAGAAGCAAUAUAAAGUAAGCAGGUGGCUUAGGAACACGAACUAUAAGCAUUAGAUAGAGGAAUAGAUUUAAUCAAUAGAGAUUUACUGAAUGAUUUACUUCCUCAAAACAUCUAGUUUGAUGACUUUAGCAAACUCCAAGAACAAAUUUAAUUUCUACUAUAGUGA